CGGCCCCGCCCAGCUCCCCCCCUGCCGCGCGCGGCGGCGGCGCGGCGGGCAGCUCCGGGGGCGCGCGGCUGCGGCCGGCGGCUGCAGCCGUCAGCCACCUGCCCAAGGGCAGAUGGCUCCCAGCCGAUGACGUGGGCUCGGCGACCUGCGGCGCACGACGGCUCUGAUCCCCUGCGCGCCCAGGCAUGUCGCGCCUCUGCUGGGCGCCGGGGCGCCAGGGGGUGUACGCGGCCUUCGGCGCGUCGGUCUACGGCUUCUCGUGGAGCCUGGAGGACGAGCAGCUGCGGCACAACCUCACAAUCGAGGGCUUCACGGACGAGUGCAGGAUCGUCGUGGAGGGCCCGGCGGGGCUGCUAGCUGUGGCCGACGGCACCAGCCUGUGCAUCGCGGAUCCCGGGAUGCACGAGAGGCGCAUCGUCGCGUGCGUGCAGGACGCCCACGGCGGGCAGCAGGUGUUCGCGCUGGCGUGCGACGCCUCCACGGGGCUCCUGGCGAGCUCCGGCCGCGACAAGAGCAUCAAGGUCUGGAGGGUGCACGGCCACUCGGCCACGCUGCUGGCCACCACGGUGGAGGCACACGCGGACUGGGUCCUGGCCCUGCAGGUCUGCGAGGCCUCCGAGACGGUGCUGAGCACGGGCAUCGACGGGGUGAUCUCGGCCUGGCGGCUCGCGGGGGGCGCCCUGACGCCGAUCGCCCAGGCCGCGGACCCUGGCCGCGAGGGUGUCCUCUCGCUGCAGCUCUGGCCGGAAGGGGGGCUCGUGGCGAGCGCCGGGCAGGAC